GUGAGGAGGAAGUGACGUCACGGUAGGAGUUAAAGCUCGCGGUUGGCCCGGAGCCGACUUUACUGAGCAGCAACUGAAGCAACAACAGCAACAGCUCACACCGGGUGACAUUUACCCUCCAAACCAUCACAUCAUGUAUCCAGAAGCCUGUCUCUGAUAAGUGGAAGAGCUGAUCCCCCCUCCUCUGUGGGGGAACAUGACAGAGAGAUGACUCACCCGUGGCUUGGACAUCACCGAUCUGACAGAACAUGAGGCUGGCUGAGUUAGUCAGACUUGUCAUUGCUUGUAAUGAUUCCUACUUUCACCAUACAGACAUUCACAACAAACUAGUGAACACUGAAUCAUGUCUGUUGCUUUAUGUACGUGACACAUGACACUCAAAGGAAAGCUACGUAACUUACAAUCUAGUUUGUUUUGAAUGGAUUCCAGCUGAUAACCAUUGCUGAUGAUGUCGCUGGGGGAGCAGUCUCAGAAGUGGUUUCCCACCCAUGUCCAAGCCACUGUUCUUCAAGCUACAGGUUUACAGCCCAAAGGCAAAAAUGGCACCAACGACGCCUACACUAUCAUCCAGCUGGGCAAAGAGAAGUACUCCACAUCGGUGGCAGAGAAGACGCUCAACCCCGUGUGGAGAGAGGAGGCCUCCUUUGAGUUACCUGGUUUACUUUUGGAGGGGAACCCAGAGGUGUACGAACUCUGCCUCAUAGUGAUGCAUCGGUCUUUGGUCGGGAUGGACAAGUUCCUGGGUCAGAGCUCCAUCAACCUCAAUGAAAUCUUUGAUAACAAGGAGAGGAAGAAAAUGGACUGGUAUUCCUUGGAGUCUAAGCCGGGGAAGAAAAGGAAAGAACGAGGCCGCAUCCAGGUCAGCAUCCAGUUCAUGAGGAACAACAUGACGGCCAGCAUGUUUGACCUCUCCAUGAAGGAGAAGCCCCGCUCCCCUUUCUCCAAACUAAAGGACAAAAUGAAGGGACGCAAACAUGACAGUGGCUUCAGUGACACGUCUUCAGCCAUCCUGCCUCGCUCUGCCGUGUGUGAUGCCGAGCCGAACCGCAGGCCAUUAGAACCACAGCCUCAAGCUGAAGUAAAGGUCAAGAGAUCACUACUGGCCGGGACCCAUAAACUCUCUGCAGCCCAUUCCAUGUCCGAUCUCAUUGGGACCCACUUUCGACCAAAACUGGACUCCAUGAACUCCAUCGAAGAGACGGGUGGCCCUCACAGGCGUUCCCAGAGCGAGGUGCCAGGCUACCAGGAUAGCGAGGUACACAGUGACCCUUUCACUGAUAUCGGUGAUACCCUUCCACAAAAGUAUGCCACGCUCCCACGCAACCGCAAUCCAUUCGAGGGGGAGCAUGGGCAGCUGUGGGACCGGGGAGAACGGAAGGAGAAAAAGGAGAAGGUCAGCCUCCUGGAACGUGUAACGGGAAAGAAGGAAGGUCGCAAGACCAACGGGGGGCGUUCAGGCAGCUCUGGAGAUCUGCAUUCUCCCAACCCCUUCAGUGGAGACUCACAGGGAGACACCAACCCGUUCAUCUCCAACUACAAAAUAAGUGAUAAGAAGUCAUCAAGACAUGAAGAACUAAUCUUUGGCCAUAAGAAGAAGGACAUCAACGGCAAAAAGAAAGAGGUCAAACAGGAAAGCGUAGCUGCCUACAGCAACUUAACCUUUGAGGAAGUUGUGCAAGAACUCAUCAAGCAGAAAGAAGUGGUGAAGAAGAAAGACAGCCACAUACGGGAGCUGGAGAACUACAUCGAUGACCUCCUUGUGCGCGUCAUGGAGGAGACCCCGAGCAUUCUCCGGACGCCCUAUGAACCAAAAAAGAAGGCCGGUAAACUUUCCAAAAAGUAGAGAAACACAAAGACACAGGAUGAAGGUUUACUAUCGAAGGUGUUGAAGUGGCUCAGUUACCGUGUGAUAGGAUUAUCAGAUCGAUCAAAGCCAAACUUCUGAUUGAGUGAUGCCAUUCUUUAUUUCAGAUGUGCAGAUUUUGAAGAAUGUUUCUCAAUGUGUUGAUUAUUUGAGCUCAUGUGAUUCAUGUUGCCCUCUUUGUUGGGCAGAAAUGUCAUUCCAAUGUUUCAUCUGAAAAAUAAUUCAGUUUUUGGGUACUAAACGUGAUGAGAGAACAUCAUCACGUUGUAUAAAUGAUCAUCUCAAACACAUUUUGAACAAAUAGAAGUUUGGCCUCUGCGUGUCAGAUCAUAAACCUACAAAGAUCUGCUGCACACGCAGCUCCAGCAUCUGCUCAGAAGAUGUUCAGGUGCAUAAAGAGCCAAAUCUGCGUUUACUAGUUGCUGUAGUUAAAAGAUGAAGCUGAUGUUGAUGUGUUUUACGUUCAAACAUCUCACAGAGGCUCCAGCUGUCUUUAAUAGCCUCAGUGAUUGGUGGUUAUGUGCAGACAGUGAAAGAGCUUCACAAACAAACAUUUCUGUUUUCAGCUGCUGGUUUUACUUUAACUUUUUUUAUUGUGAUGGCUAUCAAGUUACCAAGCGUUACUUACCGAGGGUGAAGGUUUUUACUGACUUUAAUGUGCAAUAAUCACAACUUUUUCUUGUUUACAUUUAAUCACACCUCUUCAUGUUGUUUGAUUCCCUGGGAAACGUGUGGAGAGUAUUUGUUACAGCCUUUAUCUCUGAUAAAGUCCUGCUAAAGAUUGUAUGAGCGGUACCUGACAGUCUGACGGUGUGUGAGGAUUAUAGAUACUUCAUCGCUCAUGCACACAUAAAAGUAAUUUUGAUUACAUGUGAGGUCCUAAUGUUGAAAAUGCUACUUGAUCCCAUUCUCACCUGUUCUUCUGUAUUAGUCUGUGAGACCCCGCCCCUAAAAAAGAACCUUCUGUUAACGCCUUACUGAUGUGUAAUUAGCAUCAGCAUAGCUUCUUACCCUCAAACUACAGUUACAAUGAAGUACUGUACCUCAGUCAGUUAUUCAUGUAAGGUUUCUUCCAAGUUCACUGAGUACUACUGAGAAGGCUUCCCUGAUGUUUGAGGUAAACAGCCACUGAUACCCCUUUUCGGCCAACGCAAACCUGGUUCUAGUUCCGGGCUGGUGCUCAAGCUCGUUUGGAGCUGGUUCAACUUGCGAAUCAACUCAGCAGCAGUUUGUUUUUCGACCUGCUCGAGGCCGUGGAAGAGCCACGUCGUGAUGUCACAUCUACUAGGGAUGAGCAAUGAUUUUCGAAUAUUCGAAUAUUCGUUCACUUUGUAAAAAUCGAAGAGUUACUUUGAAUAUUUUCUCAUUUUAAAAGUAAAGUUUUCAUCAUUUUUUCCAGUGCCUGGUUGUAAUACAGUAUUCCCUUCAGACGGUGGCUAUAGAGCGUCUUAAAGCUGUUUGCUAACCGCAUUAAGUAACAGAAGAAGAAGAAUGCUAACUGCAUUAAAUAGCAAAAGAGGAAGAAAGUGUUAGCACCAGUCGCGUCGAUUUGUUCCGUUUCUGAAUCUCUCCACACUACAACACACUUCUUUCCAGAGACUGAACAUAGCUGUAAAAUAAAACACACACCCCGCGCCACGUCACAAAAACACCGACAUAAAGAUCGAGACAGACGCCGUCAGUGCAUGCUACUAGAAGCUAGGGAUGGGCAUUUAUUUUGGAAUAUUUGUUCACUUUGUAAAAAUCGAAGAGUUACUUUGAAUAUUUUCUCAUUUUAAAAGUAACAUUUUUCAUCGUUUUACCGGUGCCUGGGUGUAAUACAGUAUUCCCGCCAGACGGUGGCUAUAGAGCGUCUUAAAGCUGUUUGCUAAUUGCAUUAAAUAACAGAAGAAGAAUGCUAACUGCAUUAAAUAGCGAAUGAAGAAGAAAACAAUAGUGACAGUCACACAAUUUUUGGUUCAAGUGUGUGCACGAUUAUUGUAUUGAAAUAAUUGUGGAAUAGAUGUCAAUGAUUAUCGAAUAGUAUUUUGGCUUGAAAUGCCCAUCGCUAAUUUCUACAUGACCACUUUUCUCGGCAGCGCUAGUGCAAACUUUCCCUCACAAUAACAACAAUGGUGGACAGCGUAGCAUGCUUGCUUAUGCUUCCUCGACCGACCACUGCUUAGCCUUGGAAUCCAUUCGCUUCGUCUUUGUUAUUUUCGCCGCAGGAAAAUGGCGUAAACUCAAUUGGUUUGUCUUUCUGGUCACGGCAGCCCCGCCUCUCGCCCCUGACGUAAGCAGUUAUCGCUGCUAGACCAGUAAAGAGUUGGUGCUGCUCUGGAACCUGUUUUGAAUCCGGUUCUCUUGCAGUCGAAACACAAAAAAAUCGUUCUCAAUUGAGCACCGGCUCCAAACCGGCUCUGAAACUGCCUCGGUUGCAAAGGGGUCUAAGUGUCACUGAGGCACAGAUAACAGUGACAGCUGAUCAGCUGAUGUUGACGUGUUAUGUCAUGUCAGUCUGCGAUGCUAAUGUCCCAAUAACAGAUAUCGUCUCCAUGAUGCACAGGGCUCUUAUUCUGCUCAUUAUUCCUUUCUACUGAACAUUUGCUGUUACAGUUGAUUUGCACUCUGGUACUGAAAUGAAUGAACAGUAAAUGACUACCUGCAGGUUUAAAGUCUUUGUAUUACCUUUACCUGUGAUUGUACUCUAUGUUCAACAUACCUGCGUAGGAUUUGGGUUACAUAUUCAGUUGUUUACUCCUGUUGAAUGAAAGCAGCUUCCUGUACAUGCUUUGUAUUAUACCUGCUGAAGUUGGACACCAUUUUUAUGACUUAUUAUUAUUAUUGAUAGUAAUAGUUCUGUUUUUUUGUAUUCUUCUAAUUCCUAUCCAGUCUCAGAUGUUGAAAACAUUUGAUCACAACACUGUAUAAAACAUCCUCACAGCUAAGAGUGCCAACAGUGCCACAGUCUAUGUAAGGAAUGUCAACAGAGCGCUUCAUCUUCUGUUUUCCAUGAAACACUCAGAAGCACGUUCACUAAUGUUCUUGAUAUUUCUGCUGCUGUCAGAGUUGUUUGUUCUGAAGGAAUGUGAUCUCUCUUUGGAGUUGAAGCCCAAAUCUCUUGAUACUGAAUGUAUUCAGGUUGACUUUGAAAUGUAUUAUUGUAAAAACAAUAACAACAUACAGGUACACUAAUGAGGCGACUGAACGUCGCCUUCCUCUGAAGUAUUUCAUGUAUCCAAAGAGAUCAUUUCUAGCAGGUGUUUCCCCCCACCGUCUUUCUAUCGGAUGUUAAUGUGAGACACGCGUGACAAAAGUCAUAUUUUAUUGGGCGAAUGUUUUCUGACCUGCGUACAAUCUUAGAAGCCAAAACGCUUGAAUCAGAUCUUUAAAUGAAGAGUAAUAUGUGAGAUGAAUUAGAAGCUCAUGCUGAUCAGAAUCAGUCUCCAGAUCUUUCUUUCUUUCCACAUGUGCUGAAAUGUAAACACUCUGUCACGGCACUUCCACCAGAUCCGUGUCCAGUCUGUCUCAGAUCCACUGUGGUCCAGCUCCGGACAGCAGGACUGCCGGACAGCUGGAGUCAUGUAACCGAGGUUUACCCGUGGAAAUCCCUGAAUCAAGGAUUCUCUUCCUCCUCUCCUCAUCCAUGUUAUCUUUCUGGUCCUCUGAAAACCUCUGAUGACUCCAGGCCUGGCUCUGUUUUAAAAUGAUUUUGUUGUCAAAUUUAAGUGAAAUACAAUCUGGUGAUAACACAGAGUGUUUUAUUCUGAAAAUUAACCGGAUGUUUUCAUUGUGUUUUGGUGGCUGACUUCCUGUCCCGCUCCAUCUGCUCUGUAGAGAUUGAUGCGUCAUACACGACAUCUGGCAGAAUUAAGCAAGUCUUGUGUCUCUGAUCUGUUGCGUUCUGACCUGCCGGAUCAGAAACGCAGCCAGAACGCAACUGAGCAGAUCCAGUGGAAGUUAACAGAUUGACUAGAAUAGAAAGAUCCGGUGCUGUGACGGAUCGGAGACGGACCGGACACGGAUCUGGUGGAAUUUGGCCGGAACACCUGAUGUUACAGACUCUUUCGAUAGCUUUAAUUAGCCUUGUUUUGGUACUUUAGCUAGAUGUAAAUGGACCUCACUGAGCUCCUAGUACUUCCACUGUACAUAAUGUGUAGCUACUUUGUAAUAUUACUUCACCUUUUAACUUUUUGCACAUUUUCGUGUGCCGUGAAAUGUUAGCAGAAGUGCUCCUGAGGGAUUCAUUCUGCCAGAGGUUAGAGCAAAGUACGAGUAACAACAAUUUAAAAAUUGGGAAUAAAAUGUCAUCAAAAAUAA